AGUUACCAAACAGUUUUGAAUCGGUUGCAUCCAUGGGAAAGACCCGGAUCGACCUUGCACAGCCCUUGCAGCACCCUCCGGCCCAUGACCUGCCAGUCACUAUAACACUGCAUAUGCAUCAGACCCUUGGCUCGUGGCACUCGGACAUGACACUGCUGUUACCUUCAACUCAUGGCCUGGCCGGUUUGUACUCCCAAGACGCGUCGAUCAUAAGUCGAAUCGUCGUCGCAUACCGUGCCUUUCAGCCAGUAUUCCAUGGCUAUGGAAUUUGGAGUCAGUCCAUCUCAGUUUCCCAUCUUGUCGCGAAGAAAGCCCUGAAGCCCGUGUUGGGUGGCUGAUCCUCAGAAGGCACCGCGACGUUUGCUGACGGACGACCCGAGCGCCUCUCGACGCAGUGCCCUGUGCAGCAGGCUUUCUGAAGCCCUCGUCGAUAGACUCGAAAAUCGUUGUUAGCGCUCGCAUGCCGUUUGAAAGACCGACAUCAUUGAAGUCAUCGGCACUGCCACAACCGCCAAUAAUGCCAUCGCCAUGUACACCACCCCAACGUCCGCCGCGACCGAAAAUUUCCUUACCAAACAUGCGACCUACUAUUGUUCUGUCACCACUGGCGAUUCCAGCAUGUAUCUAUCGACUGCCUCCUUCGACCCAAUCAAUCACAGCCAUCGAGGACUCGUUCGUGCGAGAAGUGCUUGCGGCCUGGUCACACCAUGUGGAGAUGCAGAGUCUGUCGAUGAAGCCAUCAUCUCCAACAGGACCACACCUUUCCUCUUCGCAAGCACCAACCAAACACGCCUUUGCGUGCAACCGCACUGUGUCCCUUGACGAUCGAAGCGUGGUCACCAGCAAAACAGCUCAGUCCGGUUCGACGUGCAUGGGCUCAGCGUGGACGUGCCAUGUCAAGGGGCGGAACGGCGGGGGAUGCACAUCAGAUAUGGAGUGUGUGCAGAGGUAUAUCGACACGUGUCCUCUGUCAUGGCUGGGCAGGAAUCGUAGAUUGAUUUGGAUGUUGGCAACAUUAUGCUUCGUGGUGGUCUCAGCUGCCGCCAUUGCAGGUGGGAUCAUAUGGAGGUUAACAGUCAUACACUGAUCGACCAUAGGGCUAUUGCCCGAAGCUUAAGCUUGCUGAUCAUCCGCAUCGAUUUCUGUCGAAGUUUUGCACAUUCCAUUUCUCAGGAGGCUGAGGACAAUGCUAUG